GGCGAGGGGGUCAUAUCUCUCUUUUAUAAAUGGAACCUUUAGGACAAAUUUUGCGGUAGAGAAUGAAACAAAAACAUUUGGAAUUACACAGGACAUUUACAGAAGGCUGUACCAGGCUUUUGAUCCGAAUUCCUUACUUGAUAUAAGGUUUUCCAGGCGCUCGUUAAAAAAUGGCCACGUCAGAGAGUGCCAGUUUGAGUAAAACUGUGAAGCAGCAUUAUAUGGACCUUUCUCAGGGAGACAAGGUCCAGGCCAUGUACAUCUGGAUAGAUGGGACUGGAGAGGGGCUCCGUUGCAAGACCCGAACUCUGGAUUCUGAACCCAAGAACAUUGAUGAUCUCCCAGAGUGGAACUUUGAUGGUUCCAGUACGUACCAGUCGGAGGGCUCCAACAGCGAUAUGUACCUUAUCCCUGCUGCCAUGUUCAGAGACCCCUUCAGGAAAGACCCCAACAAACUGGUCCUGUGUGAAGUGCUCAAAUACAACCGCAAGCCUACAGAAACUAACCUCAGGCUGAUGUGUAAGAAGAUCAUGGAGAUGGUGGAGAACCAGGUGCCGUGGUUUGGCAUGGAACAGGAGUACACCAUCCUGGGCACAGAUGGACAUCCGUUUGGCUGGCCUUCCAACGGCUUCCCUGGUCCACAAGGCCCCUACUACUGUGGUGUGGGAGCAGACAAGGCGUAUGGUAGAGACAUCGUAGAAGCCCACUAUAGAGCUUGUCUAUAUGCUGGGGUUAUGAUAUGUGGCACCAAUGCUGAAGUCAUGCCAGCUCAGUGGGAGUUCCAGGUUGGGCCAUGUGAAGGUAUCAACAUGGGUGACCACCUCUGGGCUGCUCGGUUCAUCCUCCACCGGGUGUGUGAAGACUUUGGCGUGGUGGCCUCAUUCGACCCCAAGCCCAUCCCUGGAAAUUGGAACGGGGCUGGCUGCCAUACAAACUUCAGCACCAAGGCGAUGAGAGAAGAUGGCGGAUUGAGGGGCAUCGAAGAUUCGAUUGAGAAGUUGGGAAGGAGACACCGCUACCACAUCCGUGCCUACGACCCCAAAGGGGGGCUGGACAACGCCCGGCGCUUGACCGGACACCACGAAACGUCCAACAUCCAUGAGUUCUCAGCCGGCGUGGCGAACCGCGGCGCCAGCAUCCGCAUACCCCGCUCGGUGGGUCAAGACAAGAAGGGCUACUUCGAGGACCGCCGCCCAUCUGCUAACUGCGACCCAUAUGCAGUCACGGAAGCGCUGAUACGCACAUGUUUGCUCAGUGAAGAGGGGGAGGAGCCUAAAGAAUACAGCAAAUGAACUAGAUACUCUUUUGGUCUGAAAUAAUCCCCCUCGUGUCCUAUUGAGCUACAUCUCAAGUGUCAUUCCAAGUACUGUUUUGUCUGUGGCUUUGUAAACCCCUUGCAUAUUGCAAGUCUUGACCAUCCAUGUAUGGCUUGCUUUUUAACCCUUUUCAUGGAGGAAUCUUCGGUACAUUCUGCAGUCUGUGUUCAGGGUAGAGUAGAUCCCUACCUUUUGAUCACUGCCAACAUUGCCCUUUUUAAUUGAUGCUAUGGACUUAACAAUUCCAGACAGAUGUCUGUUGGAGGGAUAAAUGUUUACUAUAUGUAGGUCUACUUCUAGUUAUGUGUAUCAAUUUGCUACUCAUAAUAUUGUUUAACGUGAUCUACUAACCAAGGUGCUGUAGAUUUUUGAUUGUGGGGGGGGGGCGUCGUCUCUUAAAGAUUUGUAUACUGUUCUAGUGGCCAGCUAUGGAACUUAUAUUGCAAGUGACAGGUUCUGUCUUUUGUAACAUAAACAAAAAUCUAAUUUUACCAUAAUCUUUCUUGUUUGACUUUAAUAGUAUGUGAUUUUAUCACAUUUAUAGACUGCGCUAUGGCUGCAUUAACUGGCCAUCCAUGAUAUCAAAAUUAGAGGUCAACCGAUUAAUCGGAAUGGCCGAUUAAUUGGGGCCGAUUUGAAGUUUUCAUAAUCUGAAAUCGGUUUAUUUGGGCGCCGAUUUCCUAUUAUUUUUUUAAUACCUUUUAUUUAACUCAGCAAGUCAGUUCAGAACACAUUCUUAUUUUCAAUGACUGCCUAGGAACUGUGGGUUAACUGCCUUGUUCAGGGGCAGAACAACAGAUUUUCACCUUGUCAGCUCAGGGGUUCCAAUCUUGCAACCGCACAGUCCAACACAAUGCACUCCACGAGUAGCCUGCCUGUUACGUGAAUGCAGUAGAAGCCAUGGUAAAUUGCUAGCUAGCAUUAAACUUAUCUUAUAAAAAAACAAUCAUAAUCACUAGUUAUAACUACUAAUCCAGUUUAGCAGGCAAUAUUAACCAGGUGAAAUUGUGUCAUUUCUCUUGCGUUCAUUGCACGCAGAGUCAGGGUAUAUGAAACCGUUUGGGCUGCCUGGCUCAUUGCGAACUAAUUUGCCAGAAUGUUACGUAAUUAUGACAUAACAUUGAAGGUUGUGCAAUGUAACAAGAAUAUUUAGAUUUAGGGAGGCCACCCCCGAACGGUUCCGUCUUUCACUGAAAUAAUAAACAUUUUGUUUUCGAAAUGAUAGUUUCUGGAUUCGAUCAUAUGAAUGACCAAAGGCUCGUAUUUCUGUAUGUUAUAAUUAAGUCUGAUUUGAUAGAGCAGUCUGAGCAGCAGCAGGCCCGUAAUCAUUCAAACAGCAUUUUGUGCGUUUUGCCAGCAGCUCUUCUCAAGCACAGCACUGUUUAUGACUUCAAGCCUAUCAGCCUCAUGGCUGGUGUAACCAAUGUAAAAUGGCUAGCUAGUUAGCUGGGUGUGCGCUAAUACUGUUUCAAACGUCACUCGCUUUUAGAUUUGGAGUAGUUAUUCCCCUUGCGCUGCAAGGGCCGCAGCUUUUGUUGAGCGAUGGGUAACGAUGCUUCGAGUGUGGCUGUUGUCGAUGUGUUCCUGGUUCGAGCCCAGGUAGGGGCGAGGAGGGGGAUGGAAGCUAUACUGUUACACUGGCAAUAUAGUGCCUAUAAGAACAUCCAAUAGUCAAAGAUAUAUGAAAUACAAAUGGUGUAGAGCGAAAUAGUCCAAAAAUACUAUAUUAACUACAACUUAAAACCUCUUACCUUGGCAUAUUGAAGUCUCAUGUUAAAAGGAACCACAAACUUUCAUAUAUUCUCAUGUUCUGAGCAAGGAACUUAAACGUUAGCUUUUUUACAUGGCACACAUUUUUACAUGGCACAUAUUACUUUCUUCUCCAACACUUUGUUUUUGCAUUGUUUAAACCAAAUUGAACAUGUUUCAUUAUUUAUUUGAGGCUAAAUUGAUUUUAUUGAUGUUUUAUAUAAAGUUAAGUGUUAAUUCAG